UGAGCCGGUAUUGACGCUCGAGCCCCUAAAGUUGUGCUUCUCAGUGGGGUUCUGAGCCUUUCUCCCCCAGAGGUGUAGUGCAGGUGGUACGGGCCGCUCCACAGUUCUGUCAGUGUGACGUUGGCGCCGGCAGGCAGGUCUCAACAUGUGGCAAGUCCUGAAGUGCCGGAAGUUUAAUGCAGUAUAUAACCAGCUGGUACGUCGCCAUCAUAAAGCUGUACUGGCCAUAAGAAGGGAAGACAUCAACGUCUGGGAGAGGAGAGCACCUCUUGCUCCAAAGCACGUGAAGGAGCUCACAAACCUUGGCUACAAGGUCCUGGUACAGCCAUCUAAUAGAAGAGCUAUCAAUGAGAAGGACUAUAUCAAAGCUGGUGGAAUUCUUCAGGAAGACAUCUCUGAGGCAUCACUAAUUGUGGGAGUGAAGAGACCACCAGAAGAAAAACUGAUUCCCAGAAAGACAUAUGCUUUCUUUUCUCACACUAUAAAGGCUCAGGAGGCAAAUAUGUCAUUGUUAGAUGAAAUACUAAAACAAGAAAUUCGACUUAUUGAUUAUGAAAAAAUGGUAGAUCAUAAAGGAAUGCGAGUUGUGGCCUUUGGACAAUGGGCUGGAGUAGCAGGAAUGAUCAACAUGUUGCAUGGCUUGGGCCUGAGAUUUCUUGCACUGGGACAUCACACUCCUUUCAUGCACAUAGGUAUGGCUCAUAACUACCGCAACAGCAGCCAUGCUGUCCAGGCUGUGAGGGAUGCAGGAUAUGAAAUAGCUCUCGGCUUGAUGCCAAAAUCUAUCGGACCUCUAACCUUUGUAUUUACUGGGACAGGCAAUGUUUCAAAGGGAGCUCAGGAAAUAUUUAAUGAACUGCCCUGCGAGUUUGUUGAACUUCAUGAGAUGAAAGAAGUUUCCAAGACUGGAGAUCUCAGGAAAGUAUAUGGAACUGUGUUAAGUCGUCAUCACCAUCUUGUAAGAAAAACGGAUGGAGUUUAUGACCCAGUAGAAUAUGACAAGAAUCCAGAACUUUAUACAUCAAGGUUUAAUACUGAUAUUGCACCUUACACCACUUGCUUGAUUAAUGGAAUAUAUUGGGAUCCACAUACCCCCCGUUUGCUCACCAGACAGGAUGCUCAAAGGCUGCUAGCUCCUGUUAAGUCGUCUGCAAUUGUCACCGAAGGAUGUCCAAAACUACCUCACAAACUUCUAGCCAUUGGGGACAUCUCUGCAGACACUGGGGGAUCCAUAGAGUUCAUGACUGAAUGUACAACAAUUGAUACGCCAUUUUGCAUGUAUGAUGCUAACCAACAUAUCAUUCAUGACAGUGUCGAAGGAAAUGGGAUCCUGAUGUGCUCCAUCGAUAAUUUGCCUGCGCAGCUUCCAAUUGAAGCAACUGAGUACUUUGGAGACCUGUUGUUCCCAUACAUUGAAGAGAUGCUAAUGUCAGAUGCUGAAAGAUCAGUUGAUCAGGAAAAAUAUUCUCCUGUUGUUCGAGAUGCAGUGAUUGCAAGCAACGGUUCCUUGACUCCUAAGUACAAAUACAUACAGAAGCUCAGGGAGAGCAGAGAGUACGCCCAGUUAAUGACUGUAGGAGCCAAGAAGAAGAUUCUGGUGCUUGGAUCUGGUUAUGUUUCUGAACCUGUUAUAAGUUAUCUUACAAGAGAUCCUAAUGUUGAAAUUACUGCAGUGUCCAUGGUUAAAGAUCAAGUGGGUCAUUUAUCAAAGAAGUAUAACCACACAACCCCGCUGGAGUUGGACGUCUUCAAGAGUGAAGAGAAGUUGUCCUCUUUAAUGAAGGACCAUCAACUUGUUGUCAGUUUACUGCCUUAUUCUAUGCAUCCAUUAGUGGCGAAGAAAUGCAUUAAGAAUAAGGUGAACCUGGUAACUGCCAGCUAUUUAACACCCUCCAUGAGAGAACUUGGUCAAAGUGCGGAAGAUGCUGGGAUUACGAUUGUUGGCGAAAUGGGUUUGGAUCCUGGUCUUGACCAUAUGUUGGCUAUGGAAUGCUUUGAUAAAGCUAAAGAUGUCGGAGCAAAGGUGGAAUCUUACAUAUCUUUUUGCGGGGGCCUUCCAGCCCCUGAGUGUUCUGACAAUCCACUGAGAUAUAAGUUCAGCUGGAGCCCUCUGGGUGUUCUCUAUAACACAGUACAACCUGCCACCUACUUAAAGAAUGGAGAGGUGGUUAAUAUUGCUGCUGGGGGCGCAUUGCUCGAGUCCGUCACAGACAUGGACUGGUUUCCUGGCUUGAAUUUAGAAGGCUUCGCUAAUAGAGAUAGUACCAAAUAUGCGGAACCCUAUGGUAUUCAAUCUGCGCAUACCUUAAUGAGAGGAACUCUGAGAUACAAGGGAUUUGCUAAAGCAAUGAGUGGGUUUGUGAAAUUGGGAUUAAUAAACGCUGAUCCCUGUCCUCUGCUCGCUGUAGAUGCCCCAACAAUAACCUGGAAAGAGCUCAUCUGCCAUCUGCUGAAGGUACCAGCCACAACCAGUCUGGAUCACGUUAAGGAAGCCGUAUAUAAUAAAGUAGGAAAGAAUGACAGCAACAUGGAGGCUGUGCAGUGGUUUGGAUUACUAAAUGAUGAACCAGUGCCCGUAGCACAUUCGAUCGUUGAUUCUCUGGCUAAACAUUUGGAGAUAAUGCUUUCUUACGGUCCAGGAGAGCGUGAUAUGAUUGUUAUGAGAAAUGACGUUAGCAUCAGGCAUCCGUCUGGACAUCUGGAGUCCAAAAACAUUAGCUUGGUUGUGUAUGGAGAAGUUAAUGGCUACUCUGCUAUGGCAAAAACUGUAGGAUACCCAACAGCUAUUGCUGCCAAAAUGGUUUUGGAUGGUGAAAUUGAAGGCAAAGGCUUGGUCAUCCCAUUGACCAAGGAUAUCUAUGGACCAAUUUUAGAACGAGUUACAGAAGAAGGCAUUUUCUAUAAUACCAAGAGCACAUUUUCACUUUAAUUAUAUUCCUUAUCUACUGCACUGGAUUACACAUCAGUGUAUACAGGGGUGAAUGUUUUACAACCAAAAGUACCAAAAACCUGAUUGUAUUGUAAACUAGAUACACACAUUCAAAGGUCUCCUCCAUACAUGGGUAAUACACUAGGUCUCAUUUAUCACAACUGCCUAAUAGGAAAACUGGCUUUUAUUGCCUGUAGCAAACAAAAUGUAACUUUUUGUUGCAUAGUUUAAGAUCUUAAAGCUCUACUCUGGUUGCAAUGAGCAAUUCUGUUAUGGGAUAGAAACAUUUUGGAGACUUUUGAAUUUCCCUGUAUAUCUGCCUUACUGCACAGUGAAUAACCAAAACAUGUUCCAUGUGCCAAAUAUUAAAUCUGUGAUCUUUUUAGAUAUGAAUGUAAGAAACUAUUCUGUCCAUAAUCAUAAGGCGAUAAAUGAAGCUGAAUUAAUGUGUUGUAACUAAAGAGAAAAAAUGACCUCCCAACUAGAAUCUGAAAGACAAAUGAUCACUGAUCUUUUCAUGUGUGACACCAGUCAUGGUCCUGUCUGAAUCCACUAAACACCUAUGGCUCGCUUCUGUUGUAUCUUAUGUCAACAAAAAGAUGCAAAACUGAAACCCUUGGCUACCUCCACAGUGAAGUCCUUUGUAGACCUUUCUAUGGCCCAAGAGCAGUAUUGAAAAAGUUGUCCAGCUCAUAUCAUUAUAAAUGGUCAGAAUGGGGAAAAAGUCCUCACCUGUUCUGCUGCUUUCUGGGUCCCCACUGGUCUCUACUUCUUGGUCUGUCUUGACAAACAGAGUGACCAGUUAGCUAAUCACUGCUCACCGCUGCGCCCAAUUAUUGUGAUAAUUUACUGUGCGUCAAGAGGGACCAGAAAGUAGAGACCAGCAAGGCUCAGGAACAGUAGCAGCAUGUUUGCAUUGGUCAGUGACUGUGUACACACACAGUGUAUGUUUUGUUUUUUAUAUAUAUAUAAAUACACAAAUACUGUACAUCGUUUGAUAUUUUGUCAUGUAAACUGAAAUAGGUAAUGUCCCCACUCUUUGCUGCGAGCAUAUACCAAAAUAUGCACAUCUACAUUUUGCAAUCACUGUAGUUUUGUAAAAUUAAUCUUUUCUGCUGUUGAGGAAGUGAUUUACUAUAAAUAAGUGAUAUGCUGCAAUACGAAUUGUAAUUUUUAUGAGAUAUAGUAUCCUUGUGCAUGUUUUGCAGAUUUUCUGGAAAUUCAGUUUGCAAAACGAGAAAGUAAGACCAGGUCUAUUUAUAUCUGUGUGUCCUGUCUGUGGCUUUACAAUAUAAUAAACCUUCUAUACAUGUGUGCUUUCCUA